AUGGCCGCGCUGACGGACGAGCAAAUCCGGGAGGCCUUCAACCUCUUUGACGCUGACGGCUCAGGGGCUAUCGAUGCGGAGGAGAUGGCACUAGCGAUGAAGGGUCUCGGCUUCGGUGAUCUGCCGCGCGACGAGGUGGAGCGCAUCAUUCGCACCAUGCACACGGACGCCAACGGCUUGGUGGAGUACGGUGCAUUUGAGGUCAUGAUCAAGUCGCGCAUGGCGCAGAAGGACUCACCGGAGGAGAUCCUCAAGGCUUUUCAGCUCUUCGACCUCGACAAGAAAGGCAAAAUCUCCUUUGCGAACUUGAAGGAGGUUGCGAAGCUUCUGGGCGAGAACCCCGGGGACGAUGUACUAAAGGAGAUGAUCGCCGAGGCUGAUGAAGACGGCGAUGGCGAGGUGUCCUUUGAGGAGUUCAAGAGUGUGAUGCUCCAGAUGCGUGGCAAAUAA